UCAGCUGGGUUCUGCGGAGGCUCCGGGAAGGGGUGUCGCAAAUCCGCCGCCUGCGGGGUCUGUGCGCGCCCGGAGCCCGCCCCGCUUCGCUGCCGGCGCCGGGAGGGGAGCGGCCGCAGGAGGAAGCCGCGGCCCAGAGGCCCCAGAACGUCAUGUCGGAGAGCAAGGAUUGGGCCACCCUGAGCCCCGAGGAGUUCGCCCACCUGCAGAAGUACAUUGACUACAGCAGCAAGAAGGUCCAGGACGUCCUCCAGGAGUUCUAUGGAGAUGGCACCUUGGUGCAGCACCUGCAGGGAGACUCAAUCGACUUUGAGGGUUUCAAGCUGUUCAUGAGGAGCUACCUGGAGGCGGAGGAGAUCUCGGACGCGCUUUGCCAGCACCUCUUCCUCUCCUUCCAGACCUCGCCUGGGAGGGCCCCGGGGGAGCAGCCGGGCCUCGGGGGGCAGCCAGCCAGCGGCCUGGUCUGUGUCAAUGACGUCUCCUGCUACUUCUCGCUGCUGGAGGGGGGGCGCCCCGAGGACAAGCUGGAGUUCACCUUUAAGCUCUAUGACAAGGAUGGGAACGGCCUGCUGGACAGCUCGGAGGUGGAUCGGAUCAUCACCCAGAUGAUGCGAGUGGCCGAGUACCUGGACUGGGACAUCACGGAGCUCAAACCCAUCCUGCAGGAGAUGAUGAAGGAGAUCGACUACGAUGACAGCGGGACGGUGUCGCUGGCCGAGUGGCUGCGCGGGGGGGUCACCACAAUCCCCCUGCUGGUGCUGCUGGGCCUGGAAGUGAACAUGAAGGAUGACGGGCAGCACAUGUGGUGUCUGAAACAUUUUAACCGGCCCGUCUACUGCAACGUCUGCGAGACCAUGCUGGUCGGGCUGCGCAAGCAGGGUCUGUGCUGCACCUUCUGCAAGUUCACGGCCCACGAGCGCUGCGCCUGCCGGGCGCCCCUCAGCUGUAUCAGCACCUACGCCAAGUCCCGCAAGGACACCAGCGCGCAGAGCCACGUGUGGGUGAAGGGCGGCUGCGAGUCCAGCAAGUGCGACAAGUGUCAGAAGAAGAUCAAGAGUUUCCAGAGCCUGACGGGGCUGCAUUGCGUCUGGUGCCACCUCAAGAUCCACGAGGAAUGCCAGCCCAGCGUGCCCCUGACCUGCGACUGCGGGGCCCUGCGGGACCACAUCCUGCCCCCUUCGGCCAUCUACCCCGUCGUGCUGGAGAGGCAGAACAGCCAGAAGAACGACGGCGGGACCCCGGUGGAGGAGAUGCCGCAGCCCUGCACCACGCCCGAGGGCCAGGCACUGCGGAUCACCCCAGUCCCCGACACCCACCCCCUCCUGGUCUUCGUCAACCCCAAGAGCGGCGGGAAACAGGGGGAGAGGGUGCUCCGGAAACUCCAGUAUCUCCUCAACCCACGGCAGGUUUACAACCUGAUGAAGGGAGGCCCGGCGCCGGGGCUGAACUUUUUCCGGGACGUGCCGGAUUUCCGGAUCCUGGUGUGCGGCGGGGACGGCACCGUGGGGUGGAUCCUGGACGCCAUCGAUAAAGCCAACCUGCCUUGGCGCCCCGCGGUGGCCGUGCUCCCACUGGGCACCGGCAACGACCUGGCGCGGUGUCUGCGCUGGGGAGGAGGCUAUGACGGGGAGAACCUGCGAAAGAUCCUGAAGGACAUCGAGAGCAGCAGCAUCCUUCCCAUGGACCGGUGGCUGGUGCAGGUGACCCCUGAGAACCCCGCAGAGAAGGGGGACCCCGUCCCCUACGAGAUCAUCAACAACUACUUCUCCAUCGGUGUGGACGCCUCCAUCGCUCACCGCUUCCACCUCAUGAGGGAGAAGUACCCCGAGAAAUUCAACAGCAGGAUGAAGAACAAACUCUGGUAUUUUGAAUUUGCCACGUCCGAGACCAUCUUCGCCACCUGCAAAAAGCUCAAGGAAUAUCUGACCAUUGAGGUGAGGGACAGAGCCCAGCGCUGCCCCCCGCCCCACGCAUGCCCAGGGCCCCCAGCCAUCGCCCCCUGCUGGCAGAGCCCAGGGCUGGAGCAUGAAUUCUCUGCCCGGCCUGCAGGGCGAGCGCCAGGUGGCCUCUCUGGGUGGGGGCUGGUUUACGCAGGUCCCCGGUUGGUAACAAGGGCUCUCCCCCGCCAGUGCUGCGGACAACCCCUGGACCUGAGUGGAGCCCUCUCGGGGGUCGCCGUCCUCAACAUUCCCAGCAUGCACGGCGGCUCCAACCUCUGGGGCGAGACCAAGAAGCCGCUGGGCGAGGCCCGGAACAGGGCCGCGGGGAGCCAGCCCCAGGCUGUCACCAACCCAGAGACGCUCAAGACCUGCGUGCAAGACUUGAGCGACAAGCGGCUGGAAGUGGUGGGGCUGGAGGGCGUGAUCGAGAUGGGGCAGAUCUACACCGGGCUGAAGAGCGCAGGCAAGCGGCUGGCCAAGUGCUCAGAGAUCACGCUGAGGACCCUGAAGUGCCUGCCUAUGCAGAUUGACGGGGAGCCCUGGAUGCAACCGCCCUGCACGAUCAGGAUCACCCACAAGAACCAGGCGCGCAUGCUCUUGGGCCCGCCACCCCGCUCCUCCAGCUUCUUCGGCAUCAAGAAGGGACCCCAUGAGUCAUAGGGGGCAUAGCUGGGGGCCAAGGAUGCCCCCCCAGCCCCUGGCCUAGCCACCUUGGCUCUGAGCAGGGAACAGCCCAACUACAGGGGCACUGGUGGGUUUGGUUCCCGCUCUGCCCCCUCCCCCCUCCGGUGCAGUCUGGAUGUCCUGUAUAGACCCAUCGCGUCAUUUUGGGGGCAGGGUGUCACGCCUGUGGCCCUACCAGCCAGGGCUCCUCCGCUUGCUGGCCACAGUAGUGAGUGGGGGGCGAGCAGGAGGCCUUGGUCUAAUUCCCUCCCCUGCUGCUGAGAGUGCUGGCCCCCACUGCCCACCCCUCUUGGGUGUUUCUGUGCCAUGGUGGAGGGGAAGGGGGCAUAUGUAUCUUCCCCUCCUGUGCAGCUCUGACCCCUGCAGGUGGGGGGGUGUAGCAGUGCACUGGGCCCCUGCAUACCCUACAUUCCAGCCCCCCUAUUUAUUGCCCCUUCAGUCCAAACUCCCCUUCCCCCCCCCGAGAUUUCAAGUGCCUCGUCUUACUAAUAAAGGUUGGAGGUUUUGUUCUUCC